CCCGGGUGGGCCUUUCCAAAAUUCUUUCAAUAUUUUUAUGUUUUUCUGCCAACUAUGGAAUCCGAUUUCCAUUCCAAAGUGAUAGGAGGAAAGAGCGAGCUAUGCCUAAGUGUAGGCGAAAGUCUGGAGGGCGGGGUGAUGGAGAAAGAGGGCAAAUGAGCACCUCAAAUGAUGUGACCGUGUAUGAUUUCGCCCAUUCUGAAGCUUCACCCAAGAGGACUACGAAUAGAGUCAAGAAGGGUGCCACAAAUGCAAUGAAAAGUGAAGUCAAACAACUGAUCGGUUGCCCGACGCAGGAGAAUCCCGCAUUAGCCUGGUAUGAAAAGGAUCUUGAUGAUUUCAACAUAAUUGAAAAUGAUGGGGAGCAGGAGAGGGAGGAAGAGGUGGAGGAGGGGAAGGGGGAAACUAAUGGAGAUCUUGUCAUAAAACCAGAUAUAAAGAAAACCAAGAAGGUGCCAAAGGCUGUUGUUGAGAAUGGCCGAGUCUCGUAUCCUCUUGAUUUGUGGUUCAUGCUCUCCGAGUUCAUCGAUCCCAGAGACAUUGGACGAUUUGCCUGUAUCUGCACAAGCUCUCAUUAUGUCAUUCAUACGGCACAGUUCUGGAAGCGACUUUAUGACAGGCAUUAUGAUUCCUCGCUAAAACUGCCACCCCAGCUUGAGAGAACAAGCAUGGAGCGUCUGCAGGGUCUACGGGCGCGGGUCAUCCGGGCGCUACAGGUCAUGCACCCACCGUUCAUCGAGCGAUACCGGGCAUUAGGACAGCCAUUUGAAGACGACAUAUAUGGGGUGGAGGGAUACAGGUGUACGGCCAUGUGGUACAAAAAAAUAAAAAACUACUGGAACUUCUGUUUUAGACUGAAACGGGCCACUUCACAGUGUGAUCUUCUUGCUCAAAUCUCAAAGAACGGGAAUCAAAAUAGUCCAGGACGGGGCUUGAAUCGUCAUGAUCUCAUUAACGGAUUUAACAACAUCCAUGAUAACCAAGAGGAGGGAUGCUGCAUCAUGAAGGUUACCUGUAAAGACUAUGUUUCAUUCCCGGUAAUCAUGGGAAUGGUGCUCAAUAAGGUUUAUCUUAACGUCAGCCAGAACAUGCGGUUUCAUCGCCUCAGGUUGGUGUUCGACACACACAGGGUUAAAGACAUCAAACAGUGUUGCACUGGUACUACUGUUGUAUUAGAUCCAGUAUUGAACGCCAAGAUUUUACAAUGGUGGGAUCCUCAUUUUCCAACAUCAGAGUAAAUUAUAUUUCUUGACCUAUUUUUGCAGUGAGAGCGCUCCAUCAUCUUAGCAAGCUCAGAAUCACUGACUUAUUGACUGCUCAUGUGGAUUUGGAUAAUCACUGCUUGGUCAGUUUUCUAUACAUGACCGAUUAUCCAGCAGCUAUUAAAAUCUACCUGCAUCUUUAUUUUAAACACUGAAGUUAUAAAAACUUUGUAAGGCUUGAAAGAUUUGUGCAAGAACAUUGUUGUUUUCCAGUGAGAGAUUAUUGUUAUUGUGACAAUGUGAUACUGUGAAUGUUAUCGUGGCGAGUUUGGUUUUUUCCGAAAAGGACUUACGGGCAUGUGUUACGUUAUUUACAGUUUGCCCUCCUAAAAAGAGCAAUUUGACAGCAGAAAUGAAAAGACCUAAGCCUCAGGCUGGCAUUUUCACAUGAAAAAAAUUCAGUUUUUUGCUCUGGGUACUAUUACAUCUCUGAUUAGAAUAAUGUCCUGCUGAUAAAUUGCUUGUUGGCUGAUCAGAUAUGGUGUAUUUUGUUGUUCUUCGAGAAGAAAAUGAAGUUCAGUACAGCUUCUUAUUUUGGUUCAUCACUGCCAUAUCAGGAUUAUGAUUCCCAACGAAUCGGGGCCAUACUUUAAGGAUGUACGCAAAUCCGAAUUAUCAUGAUCCCCUCUCCCCUGUAUUAAAAAAAACUCGUAAAUUGUACGAGAAAAUGUACAGGGUAGGCAAAUGACCGCCCAAAUUCUUCACCUCCCCCUCUCCCUCAAAUGCGUACAUACUUAAGGUAUGACCCCAGUGCAAAAAUUGGAAUGUACAAGGGGAACUACUUUCACUAGAGGAGAGCAUCCAAUGCCGUAGUGAUGACAUGAAGAAAUUCAUUAGUGCUUGUCGAUUUCGCGUAUGUUAGUGCCAGUUGAAACACUGAGAGAUAAAGAGCAUCGAAAACAUGCCUACAGCAUUUGUAUUGGGACCAAUGCAAAAAUUGUCUAGUGAGUACAUGUGUCUCAAUAGUAAACUUCAAAGAAGUUGCAAUUGAAUUGUAGGUCCGAGUUCAUGUGAUAAACUGUUAGAAUGUCUUUAAUGGAUGUGUUACGUACAUUACAAGGCAGUUUAUUUAUUUUCAAUAAAAUAUUUGAU